AUGAAUCGUUUCGGUGAUAUCGAUACUACAUUUAAAAGACUGCCACCUGUUUAUGACUUUCAUGCUGAGAAACUUGUUUCGAUUGAAAAAGCACUAGAACCUAUCGAAUCCCAGAUUAAUGAACUACCACGUUUUAUAAAGAUAGCCAAACGAUAUUGUCAUUUUCCAUCAGAACAUGGACUAACACACGAUCAAUCAGCUGCUGUUUAUAUAUAUACAAUGGAAUGGGGUGAGACUACGUUAUAUCGUGUAUUAAAUGAAGCUUUACGAUGUGAAAAUCGAAAGGCACUAAAUAUUUGGUUUCCCUAUUUAAAACUAUUUGACACAGCAUUGGAUAAGUUACCUACUGUCAAAGAAGUAGUGUGGAGAGGUGUACCUCAUGAUAUUGGGAAAAACUUUACCAAAAACCAAACUUUUACAUGGUGGAGUAUUAAUUCAUGUUCUUCAUCUGUCAACGUUAUUGGAAAUUUCUUAGGCGAUGGUAAAAAUGCAACCCUUUUUCUAAUUGAAGCUAUUAAUGGAAAAAAAAUUUCUGGCUAUACAGAGCAUGAAUAUGAGUAUGAAGUUAUUUUACGAAUGGGUACUGAAUUUCGUGUGAAAACUAAUGCAUUAAAACAUCCGAACGGUUCACAUGUUGUACAUUUAAUUAAAAUUGAUGAAAGUAUUGAUCAACCAUUAGCAUCGGCUAUGAAUAACAUGCAACUGGCAACAGCAAAACCAUCAAAUAAAAGUACAUCGAGUAAGUUAUUUAUAUUAUUUCUCAAGAAAAUAGCGCUUUCAAGAAGCAUUGAAAACUAG